AUGGGGGGUAUUUUCCUGGGGAAUGGUGCAACCAACGGGUGUGUGCGCGAAAUACCCCCGCGCGCAAGGGCAGCUUGCGGAGUAACCCGCUCUCAACCGUCUCCUCGUCGACUCCUUCCCGUUCUCCUGCUCUGUGGGGGGAUGGAUGGCAGCAGCGUGGUGGCGCGCGAGGCAGAGAGUGAGAGCUGUGUGGGCUGCGAAUUACUAACUCUUUAUCUCCGCUUGCCAUACCCUCCCGCCCACGCCCUUCCCCCCGUCGCUCCGUUCCCCCAUCAGCCUCGUGCUCCACUGGAAGGCAACGACGGGGAAGAGGCUGCGGGUGGUGGUGAUGGCGCGCGCGGGGACAGAAGCGGCGGCGGCGGGGUGGUUUGCCGUGGGGUGGUCCCCCAAGGGCGGCAUGGACGGCAGAACGUGGUUGCGCGUGAGGCGGAGAAAGAGAGUCUUGUUCUCCAUUGGAAAGCCACGACGGGCAAGAGGUUGCGGGUGGCGGUGGUGGCGCGCGCGGGGACAGAGGCGGCGGCGGCUGGGUGGUUCGCCGUGGGGUGGUCCCCCAAGGGGGGCAUGGAUGGCAGCAACGUGGUUGCGCGCGAGGCGGACAGCGCUCCCAUCGCGUACGACCUGAGCGGGAACGAGGAUGCGACGGAGUCGCGCACGUGGGUGGUGCAAGAUGCGUCGGUGGAACACACUGAUAGAGGGAUUAUCAUGCGGUUCACGCGCACCAAGGGCGACGGCUCGUCGGUGGGCAUCAGGACGUGGGAGGGCCUCAACUACAUCGUGUUCGCCUAUGGCCUGGGCACGACCAUUGGGGAUCACCAGUACAGGAACACAAUGCUCAUUGACUUUACGUGUGGCUGUGGCUUGCUGCGCUUCCGCUGCUGA